ACUGUGACAAAUUCUACCAAAAAAAACGAACCGUGACAAAUUUGUCAUUUGGAAUUGCCAUUUUCACCCCCUACCCCACUAUCGUAUUAUAUUAGCGGCGGUGGAUUUCACAGUUCACACCGCUAUUCCCUUGACUUAUCCAAACAGCCUGUCGCCCCGAUCGCUCCGACAGCCGGCGAGAGCGCGAUGAAGGCCGUGGUAAUCACCAGCCCCGGCAGCCCGGAGGUCCUCCAGGCCCAGGAGGUGGACGACCCCGCCGUUGGCGACGAUGAGGUCCUCAUCGAGGUCGCCGCCGCCGCCCUUAACCGGGCCGACACCGUUCAGCGCAAGGGCUCCUACCCCCCGCCCAAAGGUGCUAGCCCCUACCCCGGCCUCGAGUGCUCCGGUACCAUCAUCGCCGUCGGCAAGUACGUUACCCGGUGGAAGGUCGGCGAUCAGGUUUGUGCUCUUCUGAGUGGAGGUGGGUAUGCGGAGAAGGUGGCAGUGCCGGCCGGGCAAGUCCUUCCUCUCCCACCAGGUGUUUCUUUGAGGGAUGCUGCAAGCUUUCCUGAAGUGGCAUGCACUGUGUGGUCGACCGUGUUCAUGAUGAGCAGGCUGUCCCCAGGGGAGUCUUUCCUGAUUCAUGGGGGAUCUAGUGGGAUUGGCACAUUUGCUAUCCAGAUGGCCAAACAUCUUGGAAUUCGGGUGUUCGUCACAGCAGGCACUGAAGAAAAACUUGCUGCCUGUAAGCAAUUUGGUGCUGACGUCUGCAUCAACUAUAAGACUGAAGAUUUUGUUGCACGUGUGAAAGAAGAAACAGCAGGAAAAGGUGUUGAUGUUAUACUGGAUAACAUUGGUGCACCAUACUUGCAGCGAAAUCUUGACAGCUUAAAUAUCGAUGGGAGGAUAUUUAUCAUUGGUUUCCAGGGAGGCACUGUCGCACAAGUGAAUCUCUCAUGUUUGCUUGCUAAGCGUCUUACUCUUCAAGCUGCUGGACUGCGGAACAGAAGCCCAGAAAAUAAAGCAGUGAUUGUUGGGGAGGUAGAGAAGCAUGUCUGGCCAGCUAUUGCAGCUGGAAAGGUUAAGCCUGUAGUUUUCAAGUCCUUUCCCCUGUCUGAAGCAGCCGAAGCUCACAGGCUAAUGGAAAGCAGUGCUCAUAUCGGGAAAAUUCUGCUAAUUCCAUGAUCCAAAAGAUAUUAUCUAGGCCCUAAAAUAGCUUGAAAGGAAUGGGUCUUUCCAGGCUGUUUGCCAGAACACAUUGUCUACCUGAUAGACAAUUUGUAUUUAGCUGAAUAUGCAACGUGUAUGGUCUUUCAAGUUUUCUAAUAAAGAGGAGCCAAUAUCCAUUUAGUAGUGGAA